CCCGCUCGAGCUCGAUCGCGUUGUCGUCGCAUGCUCGCGGUCCAUUGUCCUUUGACAGGUUCGUUCAGUGAUGACGCGUAGUGCGUUUCGUUUAGACGUGGCUACCGCGACACCUCGUGCGGUAUUUCAUUCAUCGAUUUAGAUCUAGAUCCACCUGGAUCGAUCUCCCAUCGUGACGUCGCGAAACUCGGAAUAAGUCCGAUCCUAACAAAUUUGCAAUUUCCACGUUCUUUGCUCCUUCGACGUUGAUGCUCGCACAAGCUGGGGAAGAAGUAUUGGCUAGAACGAUAUAGCGUUAAUCGCCAUUUUAACUGGAGUUUGCUAUGUCGAACAUCGAUUUCUUGCUAUCGAUGGGUCAACCUGUUGUGAAGGUGUAUCGGCUAAUGUUUCGGUAGGGCUCGACGAGGUUUCCCGUGGAGCCAAAGUGGUUCCGACUCCAAGUGGAAACGCGAAGAUACUCGGUUUCGGCGAUACCAGAGAUAAAAAUUUCGCAACAGCUGGAGGUAGAUUUUCAAACGAUAGUCGUUCGAUUCCCAGGCGCGAAGCGAGGAGGCAAAGAAGGAGGACAAAAGCGUAACGAGACAGGAGCGAAAACGAAAGAAGAGAAGCAGUGCACGGAUUUCCAAGCUGUGCCUCCGGCCAGAUACGACCGCUUGUAUAGAUCUAUAUGCAUAGCAAAGUUGCGGCGAUAGAAGAGCCUCAGCCACAGCGACGAGUAUCUGGGUCAUACACCCGUCCUUUCUGGCUGUUACCGCUGUCGUAGCUCGUUUUCCAUAAUUUCACGAGAUUCGCUUGUCGCAGCAGAAAUAGGGGUAGGAUCGGCCAGCGACCGUGGGAACGGAUAUAUCCAUCGUUGAAAAGCCAGGGAACCGGGAGAACCCGAUAAAGCAAUUUUGUAGGUAGUGUACUGUAUACCAAGCCGCAACACGCGAUUACGAGCAACGAGAGAACAGCUGUUAGCGUCUGUUCGCUUUCCUAGCGAUGAGAACGUCGGUCUGACGUCUCAUAGGAACGCAAAGUGGUGUAUUCGGAGCUGGGAUACGCGCGAAGACAGCUGUAAAAACGACGAGCAGCUUAACGAGAGAACUUGGUUUCCAAGGGUGAGUGCGGUUUCUCGACGUUGAAAAUUCACAGUCCGACCGCACGCGAGCUCGUUUGGACUUCUUUGUCAGCGGCGCCAUCCCCCGGAACACGCGUAUCGGUUGGUCUGGUGAAAAUCAGCACCCUAAAUUGUUUGCGUACGUCGCGUCGGCGACUCGAUACCCGCGACCGUAACGAGCUGUUACGUCGUUACACGGCGAAACAGAGAGGCCACCGUGGAAAAAAGGCAGCUCGACACCGGCAGCGGCGGUGCCACCUCCCGCGGGGACAAUCCCAGCCGAACGACCGCCGCGCGAGAACUAUUAUCCAUGGAAGAGCAAUCAGCCAGCGCCAGAGCCCGUUUCUCUUUGGAGCGGACACGUAGGACGUGCCCGACACGGUAAAUAAUGAACCCCCGCAGUCAUUUAUCAAGCUCACCGCGCCGGGCCAACCGAAUGCUCAAAGUAGUCGAGCUCUAAAGUAAAUGGAAGAGUGCAACGCGAACCGAGUACAUCUGGGAGCUGGAGACAUGAUUCGCGGAUUACGAAGGAUGUAGCGCGCGGGAAAAUACGGUCCGAGUCGUUUCACAGCUUCGUCUCAAGCCUUCGAAGACUGAUCAAUUGCGACGCCUUCCAAAGAUCAACUCCUCGGCGUGCUGCUAGAAUAAAUCUCUCGGGUGCGCUAUCGCGAUCAAACGGUUCCGUAAACGUGCAAGAGUAGCCCCAGGAGUCGACGCUUUCGCGCAAAGUCACGGAAAGGGAACCAAGAGGAUAACUUGGCGCGAUCGCGACGAGAAGACUCGAGUUACGGUCUGGUGUAUACUCUUCUGCCAUAAAAACGGUCGAUGUCGUCGCGUUGGCGGUCGUUGAGAUGCGAUCAGCGAUCGAAUCGCGCGACGGUCAGCAACCCAGCGGCAGUUUCGCGAGGAUUUAUCAGCGCGGUAGAUAGCGGACGUGCGAGAGCUAGCGUGGCUCCAUGAGAGUGAUUCUGACGGACGAUCGCGACAGAACGUUUGAUCCUUAUCGCGCUGGUGUGCAUCGCGCGUUUGUUGGGGAACCAUGAGACGACGGAACAAUGGCUCGAGCGGCGGCUACGCGGGCUGUUGCUGCCACGCGACCAAAAGAACAGGUCGCAACGGAUGCAACGGAACCUCGAUGAACGAACCACCCGGAUGGUGCAUCUACGCGACGGUCGCGCUGGUCGCCGUUGGGUGCUAUCUGAACGCGUUAGGUGGUGAUUUCGUGCACGACGACAUACCCGCGGUCGCGAGGAACAAGGACGUGCUCGCCCAGACAUCGUGGACCAGUGUUUUGAAGGACGACUUCUGGGGGACUCCCAUGCACGACGUCAACAGCCACAAGAGCUACAGACCGUUGACCACGCUCACGUUUCGGUUGAACUACCUGAUGUCAGGAUUAACGCCAAGCUGGUAUCACGCGACGAAUAUUGCCUUGCACGCCAUUGCAUGCGUUUUGGUCACAAGGGUGAGCCUAGUCGUGGCAUCGCUGCGUCCUGGAUUUGCAGCCCUGACAGGGUUGCUGUUUGCUGCUCAUCCCGUACACACGGAAGCGGUGACUGGUAUCGUCGGACGAGCGGACGUGCUGGCUUGUAUUUUCUUCCUGCUGUCGUUUCUAGCUUAUCACGGGCAGCAGACGGCUUACGUGUGGAGCAGUGUGUGCCUCGGGGCGCUGUCGAUGUUAGCCAAGGAAACCGGCAUUACUGUUUUGCCUCUAAACCUUCUUUACGACCUCUGUCGCUCCUGGCAUUCAAUCAAGAGAUCUAUUUUCGAGGCAAGAUGGAACGACGAUUCGAGACACUUUUCUCGACGUGCUGCGGCUCUACUCGUUUCGUUCGGUGUGCUGUUGGUUGUACGACUCGCUCUCCUUCACGGCGCUUUACCCAAGUUCUCACCGCAGGAUAAUCCGGCAGCUUUUCAUCCCUGUUUCCACGUCAGGUUAUUGACGUUCUGCUAUCUGGCGGCAUUGAAUUGUUGGUUGCUGCUCUGUCCAGCGACGCUUUCGCACGACUGGCAGAUGGGAUCCGUUCCUUUGGUCGCUUCGUUGGCCGACACUAGAAACCUGGCGACCUGCCUGUUUUUCGGCGGCUGUCUCAUUCUUACGUACAAAGCCUUCACAGAUUUCGAGCAACAGAGGCACCCACCUCUUCUUCUUGGUUGGAUGUUCCUGGUACUGCCGUUCCUGCCCGCAUCCAAUCUUUUUAUUACCGUUGGAUUCGUCGUCGCGGAACGAGUACUGUACAUACCGAGCGUUGGUUGGAUCCUAUUGGUCGUAUACGGAAUGCAAAUCUGCUGGACGGCGAUACCGCGGAGAAGAAGCUUGAUAACAGCGGGAAUAGCGCUUCUCCUGAUUUUAGGGUGUUACAAAACGGUCCUACGAAACAGGGAUUGGACGUCCAGGGAAACUCUACUCAGAGCGGGCUUGCGGUCCCUGCCUCACAACGCCAAGAUGCACUACAACUUCGCCAACUUCCUCAGAGACAUGUCGCAGCCGAACCGUGCGAUUCUGCAUUACCAACUGGCCCUUUGGCUGUGGCCGGCGUACGCCAGUGCCCAUAAUAACCUCGGUACACUCACUGUGGGCGAUCAAGCGGAGCAACAUUUUUUGGCAGCGAUAAACGCUCAGCCGGGACACGUGAACGCUCACUAUAAUCUUGGUCAACUUUACAGAAAAACGAACAGAACAGAGGAGUGCAUACGAAUGUUGCAAAAAUGCGUGUCCCUCGACCCAGCGUACACCCCAGCGUACUUAGUUUUGGCAAGAUUAGCAACGGGUCCAGCGGCGGGGGUACUUCUCAGACACGUCGUUCGAUUGCAACCUCGAAGUCCCGACCAUCUCGCCGAAUAUGCUUCUUGGUUGUACCAAAACGGCAAAUGGCUACCCUCUCUCAAGUACUAUCUCAAAGCCAUGGAAGUCUCGCCCUCGCAUAGAUCGUCGUUAUUGGGCACAGUCAGGAUCCUAAGGUCGCGGGGUCAAUUGCCGAGGGUACACCAACUCAUCACCAGGUGGCACUUGAUGUUACGAGCGAAACGGGGCGGUCUCAUAUAUCGCGGCGAUCUUUACAUACGCGCGUGGCAGCUACAAAGCGAGUCUCGUCAACGAGCCCACCAACAUCAGGGGAAUCUCUGCCUAUCGGAGGGCGGUUGUUUGACACCGCGUGUCGCCAGCGUGUCGGUGCAGCUCGAGCAGGACAGCAACAAGUCGGAACAGCUGGAGCGGUCGCCGCGCUGUAACGUACGUACCUGUAGACAGCCGCGAAAGGGAAAAGCGCGCGUGACAGCGCCGGCUCUCCUCGUCCAGAACUUCCUGGAAACCCUUUAGCUCCCGCGAACCUUCGAGUAACUCGCCCGUUCUCGCUUCAUCUCUCAACGAGAACAUGAACCACGCGAGACACGCGACGAGAGAGCGAGGCUUCAAGCGUCCAAGUCUCGAAGCUCUCGUGGAGAUCGAUUUGCGUGCCGGAGGCCUCAGACCUUGGCUGAUCUCGUAACACGAAUCCAGGGAAGCUAUAGAAAGAACGGGUGUCUGGGUCGCGUCACCGGUUCCUCGUGUGAUGUAGGUAUACCUGUUUAGUGUUUUCGAACGAUGAAAAGCGAGAGAGAAGAGGGAAGGAAUGCGACAGAGCAGGAUUUCGACUCCUCCUUUCAGCCUUCCGUAUGGACGUCUGGUUUGGAAUGCUCGGUCGCCGCGAAUUGGUAAGCUGUUAACAUUCGAAAUUGUCAAAGGUGUAACACGGUCGACUGGCCCUAUCGGAGGGUUAAGGCUUGAUAGUGGGUGCUGGGAUGCUGGGUGGAUCCACGGGACGUCCACUCGAACAGUCGCGUUCCCGUCGAGGAGGACCAAGCGAGGCUGUACUUUGAUCGGUAUUCGGUGUAACCCAUGCAGAAUUCAAACGGGAGUGGGACACAACUAAACGCAAAUUUGAAACGAAAAUUGAACUAGGUUUUUAGAAAUGUAAACGUCUUACGAGUCUCGUGAAUAAUCUCCAGACAGACGUCUCACUGCUGUAAUACGCCUAAUAUGUAUUACGCGAAGAAACUCCAAUGACCGACAAAUUUGUUGCAAUCUUUAAACGUUGUUCGAAAAUUGAAUUCGAAAGGUAUCGUACUCUGUUAGAAAUAGAUACAUGUCAUUACCAUUCGUAACCGAAAAAAGUACGAACGUUACUCGUAUACGAUUUUUAGGGGUCAACACUCCUAAAAAAUAGUUGAAUGUGUUUGCCGCUGUAUUUAUUUUUGAACAAAUCAGCUCUGAGUGUUCGUAUCAUUUGUUUGAAAUGUUAUUCACUUUUCAAAUACUUAUUUAAAUGGUAAAUAAUAAAAGAUGGUGCAGGCAAUACACGCGUUUUAAUGGGCAUUUGCGCCAUUCAUUGGAAUAGCAAGAAUGUGUUUUCGAUCGCGAAUUGCGUUACAGUUGUGAGACAUCAGCCUUACGCGGACUCCAACAGACAACGAUCGGCGUUGCUAAUGUAUUUACUAUCAAUAAUGUCGAGAUGUUUCUAUAAAUAUUCAGUGUACUUCGAGUGUGCUUUCGACGUUUUCAGAGAAACAUUGCUCGUUGUGACGGUGCCCACUGGUGUGUUUUUUCCAUGUACAGUACUACCCGGACAAAAGAGACAAAGAUGAUUCUUUCGCGUAUUCGCACAUAGUCGAGCAUCACUGUGUUUUUCUUUCAUCUUUCGUUCCUAUGAGACAGAAGUACGCGUUUUUCGCGAAGGACCGCGAGGGGAAGCCCGCGACGAUGAUAUGUAAAUAUACACAUACACGCGUUAUUUUUUUCGUCGACACGCGUGGUUUCAAUCGUUUCCCUUGGAUCUUAGCGCGUUUGUCUCUCAUUGCAAGACACGUAUACUGAGAAACUAGAAUGAUUGCCCCUAGAUGGUGAUCAGAAUUUGUCGAAAUAAUUAUUUUACUAUCGAUCAAGAUUUGUUAUUAAAUCCGAGUCUUUCGGUAUGAAGAUUCGAAAUGCAAGUUUAUUUAGUAUCGAGACAACUCUUUUGUCUGUUAUUAAUAUAGGUGCCGAAGAUCAGAAGAAAGAACGAAAUCUCGAGGUUCCUUCUAUUCAUCCAAGAUUUACCGUUCGAGGUUUCUAGCUUCCUUUUGAUCUCGGAUAUCCGUGUCAAUAACAAACAAAAAGAUUGCUCGAUUACGAAAUAAACUUGGAGAGAUAAUCAGUCGUAAACUGCCUUUAUACGUUUAAUGUAUUUUUUUUCAUUCCUUGAUUGAGAUUUGAAUGUUUAAAUUGACAUCAUCAGGUGCAAUCUUUACAGUUUCGUGCAGUAGUUGUACGCACGUAACUACACGGUGCCAAUCUUAGAGUAAUGAACGUAACCGCCGAUUCUCCGGCGUUUGGGUAUGGCUUUUUGUAAUUGAAUCGACUAAGGUAAUGUUCGUUGAUAACGAAACAGAAUAUGUACGAAUAACGUAAUUCUUCGAUGAGCUUUGUUCGGCAAUGUUUCCGGAGUCGUUUGAAGCGCGAUUUACGAUCCAUUCGGUAUCGUAACAAACAACACGAUUAAAUGGAACGUUUGCAUUUUUCCGGUUCUGUUGCGUUUUGGUAAUUUAUCUGCUAACUUUCCGCUCCUCGAAAUAACUCCUCUUCUAGCCGAUGAGCGUUGAAUGCCUUUUAUAGUCGAAGUUUCACAACUAGCGGAUAAUUGCUACCAAUUUAUGCCCACGGCGAGAAAACAAUGCACAGGUAGAGUCGAGUGCACUAGAUAAAAUGAUAACAGUUUGUCGAACAUUUACUCUGCUUGAAAGCAUGAAACAAAAUUAAUGGCUAUUAUUCCCAUGAAAUUAUCCUAGAAUAUUUUAUCCAACUCGACAGUAUUUUUCGUAACGCAAAAAUUAAUCGAGUUUCAAGGGAUUAAUACGUUUCUCUACCAGCAACAAAUUGAAAUAACGAAUUAAAAACAAGCAAAAGGCAGCUCAGCGCCGGCAAGAAAGGAACGAUUAAAUCGCUGGGACUGCCGCGCCGCACCGUCGUUUUCCCUCGAUAAACCGAGGAGUCAUGUAUUUCUGGUGCAAUCGAGGCGUCAUCGGGACGAACUAGAUUCCAAUUAAAAGGAACUCCGAUCGCGGAGCGUCCUUUUGUGUAUCUUUCGAGGUUCGCGAGCAUCGGGUCCGAUAAAAUCAGGCACAGUUUCUUGUUUAAUCGAGGUCGAAAGUGACACCGAACGUUCCUCUAUCCCUUUUUCGUUGCACGUGCGCCAGCCCCUCGUAAAUCGUCGCUUUAAACGAACGCCGCCCACCGAAACGUUGCCAAAACUUAAUGGAAGACCAAUGUAUAUACCAUGUACACUAAAAACCGUUAAAACAUCGAAACAUUCGGCGAUGCUUAUUGAAAUUCUCUACUACGAUUUAUCGUUCGUGUGUAAUAACGCCGCGCGUUCGUCACGGACUGUCGAGCGUGGGCGUCUGCAAAAAUGGGCAAAAUUCUUAUUUGCGUACGAGUGAGAGAUGGACAACAAUCCAAACGAUGAAACGAAAUCAACCCUAUCGAACCUGAUGGUCACUCUUGUGAAUAUGCUACGCUAGAAUGUAUAAUUUUGUAAUGUAUAAUAUUCGCAUAUACAUAUGUACAGUUACAAAACUACGCAGUGGUUCCCCGAUAUAUUUUGCACCGUGUGUUUACAAUUUGUCGAAAACUGUGUCGACAGGAAUUGUUAAGUAACGAGGUUUGACGAAAAGCAGCAUCUAAAUUCCAGGUACGAGAGGGUUAAAUUUCCCAUCGAGCGAACAAAAGGUCUAAUCGAAUAAGCAAAUAAGUUGCACCGAUGUGUUUGCAUAAUAUGGUGUUUCUAUUUGUCAUCUAUAAUUCAAAUAAAAUUUUGCCCAUCUCUGGUCUGGGCGUCUGGUCAACGGAUCACGUACGCGAAUCAGUCAUAUUCGAGAGCUUCAAAAAAUGGAGUCAUACGUGGACGCGAUCGAGGCUUCAAAUAAGAUUCCCCAGAUGUCAAAUACACGAGACGUGACACGAAUUUAUCGGCAACAUUUGCAUCGGUACGUGUGUACGUUCUGUUCGCUCAAUCUCCUCCUCUGCGCCCCCUUUCCCGCACCAUGUUGGGAAUUUUUAAAUCCGAAGCACGUUGGUAACGAUACCGAGGAGACUUGUCAUUGGCCCGUGCAGAAAUUUACCCCGCGAUACAGCUUCUAAUGCGAGCUCACCUCGUGCAAAGAUUAUUGGGGUCGAGAGUACGCCAGUUUAACGGCGUCGAUAUCAGUGCCACUAUGUUUCCAGAGUUUCGAGUCAAUUUCUUUAUGCUAGAUGCCAAUAGUAUUUGCACGCGGAAACUCUACACGAGAACUAGGACGUCUGGAUCACUGGGGUGUAGCAGCCGUUGAAGAUCGACUCGAUCGAGAUGAAGUAUUUUUUUAAAUGUGCUGUUGCACCAAAGUCAACGUUGCUUCGGUGUUACAUUGUAUACGGGGUAUUACGUGACCGACAACGCUCGUAACGAGAGGAUUUAGAAUCGGCUUUAAGUAUCGACUAAUCCUACUAAUACUCGAGCAGGUACUUGACACGCAACACCUUGUAUACCUUGAAAACAAACCUAGAUUCGACUUGGAUGUAAAUCGUUCGAGGUAGUUGUUUAAUCGUUUGCAAAUCUUGCGAGUCCCGCGCGCACGGACUCAAAAAUGGCCGAAUUCUCGAAGAUGUUGACAGGAACGUCCGUUCGUGACGGUGUUGCGACGAAAUCGAUGUAAUUAAGGAUCGAGUUAAUUCCUCGAGACGACGAUGUAAACGUUAUUUUAUUAUCGUAACGGAUAGUAACGAAGAAGUAUUCAUAUAGCUAUGCUUUACUACCUGAAACACGGUACCCGACAUUGUUACAAUAAUUGCUCAGCGACUAAGGCGAGGAGGCGAGUUGUUCAUCGCUUACUGUGUACAGUACAACUUACACGAAUAAAAAUACUAUAGCUACUUUUCCAACCUUAAAUGAUCUACGACGAAUACAAAACUUUGCGACCAUUUUUCGUUCGCGUUUAUUUCCCGUAAUUACGUUCACACGUGAAAAGAAAAAGAUAAACCAAGUUCCGAAAAAUCCCACGGGUGUUCAGCUUCGUUGACACGUCGCGACACCGAGUUCAGUUCCUACCAGUUUCCAGAUGGUGUACAAAGUUUGAGACGAUUCAUGGCAACUACUCGUCGCGUUUUCCUUUUCCCGGGUAGAGAUUUCUGAUUGGCAGGAUCGACUGUUCCACCGAGGCCGACGGUCGAUCGUCGUCGGGAUUCGAUGACGUAGCCGAGCGGGACGAGGUUUCGCGUCGAUUGAAAAUCCUGACGAUCUCGACGACGAAACAAGCGCGAAGAAGAAAAGUCGAUGGAAAACGGUCCUCCAUCGAGGAGGCGACGGGAAUCAAAUCGAAACGAAUGAGUUAUCGAUACGCGGAAUAGACGCGGAAUCGUCGAACGUGUGGGCAGUAUAUAAUUAACCGCAAAACUUGAUUAGUCUAGGUUAUUACUCCAUAGACCAGUUUGUACAUCUAAUUACAAUACGUUAUUGCGAAUAUUCAUUGUGAAUACGAUGCAAUUAUAAAUUACCAUAAUAAAGUGUAUGUUUAUAUAUAUGUA